CAGGACCACUCUACAGAUGGGCAAUGGUGUCAAUCCCCAGAAGGCCACUCUGACAGUGGUUCACACUCAUGGGAGCAUAGUGAACGCAACAGGACUGAUGAACGCUCCAGCCGCCAUGACCUCUGGCCCCCAGACUCCCUCUACUCCAAUGACCUUAGGGCAUGGGAAAAAUGUCUCCAAGCACAACUGGGACCCGUUCGCGUACAACAUCGAGCUGCCAGUGUGCUCCAUGAACACCAGCGGCAUGCUGUACAAGAUUAGACUGGUCUCAUGUAGCUGUAGGUGUGGCCACAAAGUGGAGCUCUUGGUUUAAAGAUGAGGACAGUUUAGGCUCCAUUACUUUCCUCUGCCCUGGCUGGAGACCGUGUCCACUCUGAUUACCAGUAAUUGCAGCAUCACGACUGGAAGUAGAAAUUAGUGUAAACACAGAUUUGAUUUUAGCCAAAGUUGAGGAGUGGCAGGGAAUAGGGGUGAAAGAGGUGAUAGGUUCGCCGCUAUGGAGUUCACUAUUUUUAAGAAACCCAGCUGAAAAAAGCUGUCUGAAAGAAGCCAUAUAUUCUUCACUCAACUUGAGAAUACAUGGGUUAUGGUGAAUGAUGCCUAUCUCCAUUUAAAUAAUUGUUGCCAUGUUCGCUUGUCUUGUCUCUGCCGCCUGUCCAUUCCACUGGUACAGGCCCAUUGAAUUUGAGGACAUGUCAGGACAGGCGAGCGGCAGGGAUUGGAAGAGAAGCAUCCGCUAUGCAGGGCGUCCACUGCAGUGCCUCAUCCAGGUGAGCAAGCCAGCCCACUCAGCCCACAGUCUGUCAGUCGUGACAGUCUCUGAUGGCACUUCUUUUUAUUUUUGGAACUCUUCAAACCCUGGUAUAAUAUAAACACACAUAAGACACGGACAAAUGUGUCAAAUUACAGGAAAUGAGCUUUAAAACAGCAACAUGUUCUCUCUGCCACAUGGGAAAAUGUGUAGAAGUGCAAAACAUUUGCAUUCAAACAGCGUAAUGUUCUCUCCACCAAAAGGAGGGGUGUAAACAGUUAGAGCAGUUUCAUGUUUAAUUCCUGGCAUUAUCAGGAUUAAUUUAAAGUGUUCAGAUACAUCUAUCUCAGAAAGAUCUGACCAAAACAUAAUCAGAAACUCAACCAAAACGAUGCAUCCAACCAGUGUGUAGAGACACAAUCUUGAUGUAGUCAUUGUGUGCUAGAAAUGUGGGACCAAACCACAAUUUGACUACUUGAAUACACUACUGGUCCCGUGUGGCUCAGUUGGUAGAGCAUGGCGCUUGCAAUGCCAGGGUUGUGGGUUCAUUUCCCACGGGGGGACCAGGGUUCAAUUCACACGGGGGGACCAGGAUGAAUAUGUAUGAACUUUCCAAUUUGUAAGUCGCUCUGGAUAAGAGCGUCUGCUAAAUGACGUAAAUGUCUAUGCAGUGCAUUUGGAAAGUAUUCAGACACCUUCACUUUUUCAAAAUGUUGUUACGUUACAGUCUAAUUCUAAAAUUGAUUAAAUUGUUUUUUCCCUCAUCAAUCUUCACACACUACCCCAUAAUGAACCCAUAAUGAAAAAGCAAAAACUGUUUUUUAGAUUUUUUUCUAAUUUAGAAAAACUUUAAUACUGAAAUAUCACAUUUACAUAAGUAUUCAGAACCUUUGCUAUGAGACUCGAAAUUGAGCUCAGCUGCAUCCUGUUUCCGUGUAUCAUCCUUGAGAUGUUACUACAACUUAAUUGGAGUCCACCUGUGGUAAAUUCAACUGAUUGUACAUGAUUUGGAAAGGCACACACCUGUCUAUUUAAGGUCCCACAGCGGACAGUAUAUGUCAGAGCAGAAACCAAGCCAUGAGGUCGAAGGAAUUGUCCGUAGAGCUCCGAGACAGGAUUGUGUUGAGGAACAGAUCUUGGGAUUUAAUAAAUCAUAUUAAAUUGAGGAUUCAGAAAGCAUUUCUAAACUUGUUAGGCAUCUUGGUAGAGAAUUGCAACACCAGGAUGGUGUGUUUGAUUCCCGGGACCACCCAUACAUAAAAAGGUAUGCAUGCAUGACUAAGUUGCUUUGGAUUAAAAGCAUCUGCUAAAUGGCAUAUGUUAUUUUAUAAUAUAUUCCUCUAAAACAU